CUCGACGUGUAGAUCUUGAAAACAUAAGCAAUUUUUCUUAGUACCAUAUGCACCAAUGUCUUAAGGGAACCGAGAUAAAGGGCUCUGCAACAUCAAAAACAUCUGAAUACCGUCCUGUAGCCGCGACAUCCCCGAGUGGUACUAGGACACUAGCUCAACCCGACGACAGAACUGGGUCGGAGUCAGUGUGUCAGGUCAGUAUGCAACCUUCAACCGACGGUUACGGUCACGCGUGUAGAGGUAAUCGCGUAGACGAGAAUCCCUCAACAAGCACUAGAGACGUGGCUAGAGAAGUGCAAGUAUCAAAAACUAAAGUGUAGCAAACGCUGCGUGAAGAGGGGCUCUAUCCGUUUCACGUCCAACGUGUACAAGCCCUUCAACCUGACGAUUUUCCAGCAAGAGUGCGGUUUUGUGAGUGGUUAUUGCAUCAACAUGACAAUACUCCGGACUUUUUGAAGUGCAUAUUGGUGACAGACGAAACUACGUUCACGCGUAAUGGGGUGAAUAACUUUCGCAACACUCAUGUUUGGUCAGUAGAAAAUCCGCACGCUGUCCGUCGGGCACAUUUUCAACAAACAUUUACGGUGAGUGUUUGGGCUGGCAUGGUGAACGGUAUGCUCAUUGGACCAUUCAUUCUCCCAAAUCGAGUGGACGGGAUGCAAUACCUAGACUUUUUACGCAACAUUUUGCCUUCCUUGUUUGCCUGCGUCUGCUCGGUAGCGCAUCAGCUGAUUUCAUUUUCUGUUGGAGCGGUAUGAUUUCAGGCAGAGACGUACUCAACCCUUCUCGUCAACUGGAGAGUGAGUACUUUUUCCUUUAUUUUUUUUUCACUUGGUCGCCCUCGUUUCACUACACAUUACCUUUGUUAUUUCAAGGGUAGUUGUUUCUGAAAAGGAAAACCCCAACUUUGCGGACACCCUGUAUAUGUUAUAUACAUCAUAUUUUUUAUACACCUACAUUUUUAAACUUCUAACUUAUCAAAUGUAUUUAUGUUUUUUGCAUUGUUUAUUCAGUUUUUCUUUUUUUUUUGAGUUAAGUGGCAGAGUAGCAUUAUGCUAAACUUCGUCCCCUAAAUAAAGACGAUUUAUUAUUAUUAUUAUUAUUUUCGGACUCAAUAUAAGUAGAUUAGACAUGAUUUGCCUCUAUGCAACAGUGCUUUGUUAAUCCGUCAGUGGGCGUCAAACUUUUCUUUUUGAAACUCAUUUUUCAGAUAUUUUUGAAGCGAUACUCCGAUUGGAAUUCAAUUUGGAACACAUGUGUUCUGCUAGACGUUCUAAUAUUUGGCUCUUACAGAAAACUUGAAAGGGUUCAAGAUAUGUGAAAACCACCACAACAUGAAUUAUAGCAGAAUUCUUUCGCAACUCUCCCAACGACUGUAAUUUUUUUAUUUGAAAGAUCCUUAUGUUUACUCCAUUUUUAGUUUUUUUUUCAUAAAAACAGGCCACCUCAAAUUGUUUUUAAGCAGAAAAAUAUUUUUCGGAGCUGGUUCCUAAGAAAUGUUCUUAUCACAUCAAGUGCUAAAGUCCAGUAGGCAUCUAGUUGGCAGAAAUAUGGGAUGUUAUGUCAGUGCCAGUGAUGCCAGAUCUGGUGAUUUUGUGAAUAAUCUGGUGAUUGGUGAAAAACUUUUUGACAAAUUGCAACGUCUAUUAAUUGAUUUUAAAUAAUUUCUUCUCCAUAAAAUAAUCUCUUGGCUGUAAAUGAAAACAAUAUUUCUGCCCCGUUUCCCAUACUCAAAAUGAAGUUCUUUGAGUAGACUAUACGAGCCCCUUCCCACUUCAGUUGGCCCACUUCAAGAUUUGUAUCAACAUAUGCCUUUAUUAACUAAACAUGACGAAACUAUUUACGUCUAAAACAAUUUAUUUUCUCAAAAACAUUUUAGAUACACUCUAGUCGUAAAAAAUACAUAUUUGAAAUCACUUAGACCUAUAACUAAUAGAACAUCUGAACAAAUAAACAAUGUGCGAAUAAAUGCGCGAAGUUAACAAAGCAACAAUUGAAAGAUUACCAUUGGGUAACAUCACCUUUAUUUUUUAUUACGGCUGAAAUUCUUUGGGGCAUAGUGUUAACCAAGUUUUGGCAAAAAUUGGGUGUAAAACAAUUCCAUAUUUCUUGAAGCUUUUGUCUCAGUCGUAGACCGUCUCUGACUGUCGAACGUGGAGGUACCACCCGGCGGAUCUCGUAGGCGGAGCCAGAAUGUGUGCAUGUUGCAUGGACACGUGUUCCCUCGCCAGAGUCCGUGUG